CUACCUACCUUCACCACACCUUCACUCUUCACUGUAAACCUACAUCCCCCUCUCUUUUUAUCAAUGGCGUCCGCUGAUGUUGAGUACCGGUGCUUCGUCGGAGGUCUAGCAUGGGCCACCGAUGACAGAGCUCUCGAGACAGCCUUCUCUCAGUACGGCGACGUUCUCGAUUCCAAGAUCAUUAACGAUCGUGAGACUGGACGAUCAAGGGGGUUCGGAUUCGUCACUUUCAAGGACGAGAAGUCAAUGAGAGAUGCCAUCGAAGCGAUGAACGGGCAGGAUCUCGACGGUCGCAGCAUCACUGUGAACGAGGCUCAGUCUCGUGGUAGCGGUGGCGGCGGAGGAGGCCGUGGAGGUGGCGGUGGUGGAUACCGCAGCGGAGGUGGUGGUGGUGGUUACGGAGGAGGCGGUGGUGGAUACGGUGGUGGAAGACGCGAGGGUGGGUACAGUGGUGGAGGAGGUGGUGGUUACUCCUCGAGAGGAGGUGGUGGUGGAGGCUACGGUGGAGGUGGCAGACGUGAUGGUGGUGAAGGUGGAGGUUACGGAGGAGGAAGCGGUGGUGGUGGUUGGUAAUUAGUUUAGGUUUGUGGUUGUUUAAUGACUGUUCCGUUUCUGGUUCGGGUUUAUGGUUUCUCUCUAUGUGUUGUGAUGUUUGGUCCUUCUGCUGUUUUGGGUGUAACAGUUCGUGAUUAGGUAUCUGAUAUCUGGAAACGCAAUGUUAAAUCACUUUUCAUAA